AUGCGGGGGCCCGGCGCGACAGCUUCGCACUCGCCUCUGGGCCUGUGCACCCUAGUGCUAACACUGCUGGGCGCGCUGCCCUCGGGCGCCGAGGCGCAACCCUACCACGGCGAGAAGGGUAUCUCAGUGCCGGACCACGGCUUCUGCCAGCCCAUCUCCAUCCCGCUGUGCACCGACAUCGCCUACAACCAGACUAUCCUGCCCAACCUGCUGGGCCACACGAACCAAGAGGACGCUGGCCUCGAAGUCCACCAGUUCUAUCCGCUAGUGAAGGUGCAGUGUUCUCCUGAGCUGCGCUUCUUCCUGUGCUCCAUGUACGCACCCGUGUGCACUGUGCUUGAUCAGGCCAUCCCGCCGUGUCGCUCCCUCUGUGAGCGUGCCCGCCAGGGCUGCGAGGCGCUCAUGAACAAGUUCGGCUUCCAGUGGCCGGAGCGGCUGCGCUGCGAGAACUUCCCAGUGCACGGCGCCGGCGAGAUCUGCGUGGGCCAAAACACGUCCGACGGCUCUGGGGGCCCCGGCGGCGGCCCCACCGCUUACCCCACCUCACCCUACAUGCCUGACGUGCCCUUCACUGCGCUGCCCCCGGGGUCCGCUGACGGAAGGAGCCGCUCCGCCUUCCCUUUCUCUUGUCCCCGCCAGCUCAAGGUGCCCCCCUACUUGGGGUACCGCUUCCUGGGCGAGCGCGACUGCGGUGCCCCGUGUGAGCCAGGCCGCGCCAACGGCCUCAUGUACUUCAAAGAGGAGGAGAGGCGGUUUGCCCGCCUCUGGGUUGGCGUGUGGUCGGUGCUGUGCUGCGCCUCGACGCUCUUCACCGUGCUCACUUACCUAGUGGACAUGCGGCGCUUCAGCUACCCGGAGCGGCCCAUCAUCUUCCUGUCGGGCUGCUACUUCAUGGUAGCGGUGGCGCACGUGGCCGGCUUCCUGCUAGAGGACCGAGCAGUGUGCGUGGAGCGCUUCUCAGACGACGGCUACCGCACGGUGGCGCAGGGCACCAAGAAGGAGGGCUGCACCAUCCUUUUCAUGGUGCUCUACUUCUUUGGCAUGGCCAGUUCCAUCUGGUGGGUCAUCCUGUCGCUCACUUGGUUUUUGGCGGCAGGCAUGAAGUGGGGCCACGAAGCCAUCGAAGCCAACUCGCAGUACUUCCACCUGGCUGCCUGGGCGGUGCCCGCAGUCAAGACCAUCACUAUCCUGGCUAUGGGCCAGGUGGAUGGGGACCUGCUCAGCGGGGUGUGCUACGUGGGCCUUUCCAGCGUGGACGCGCUGAGGGGCUUCGUGCUGGCGCCCCUGUUCGUCUACCUCUUCAUCGGCACGUCCUUCCUGCUGGCCGGCUUCGUGUCGCUCUUCCGCAUCCGCACCAUCAUGAAGCACGAUGGAACCAAGACCGAGAAGCUGGAGAAGCUCAUGGUGCGCAUCGGCGUCUUCAGCGUGCUCUACACCGUGCCAGCGACCAUCGUGCUGGCCUGCUACUUCUAUGAGCAGGCCUUCCGCGAACACUGGGAGCGCACCUGGCUCCUGCAGACGUGCAAGAGCUACGCGGUGCCCUGCCCUCCCGGCCACUUCCCUCCCAUGAGCCCCGACUUCACCGUCUUCAUGAUCAAGUACCUGAUGACCAUGAUUGUGGGCAUCACCACCGGCUUCUGGAUCUGGUCCGGCAAAACUCUGCAGUCGUGGCGCCGCUUCUACCACAGACUGAGCCACAGCACCAAGGGGGAGACUGCGGUAUGAGCCCCGGGCCCUACCCCACGCUUCCUUCCCUCUCCCUGAGGCGCGGUGGGGAAGGAGCUGCUGGAUGGGGGGUGGGGUGGGUGGCGGGGGUGUCUGUAAGUUCUCCCCCUCCAGUGAGAAGUGACCGGGGAGAGAGAAGAUAGAGGUAAUUUGGGGCAGGGAUGGGUUUGGAAAAAGGCCUGGGUGGAAAGACAGUUCGGAUGAAAAUACUUCUGGCAAAGAUCUGCAGGAUAAUGAUGGUGAUGAUAAUAAAGGUGAUGUUAAAUCAUGUGCUGUCCGGGCCGCCCUAGGCCUAUCGAGAAGACUGAGACCAGCAGAUAUUGCUGUGAGUUCUUCCCAGCUCCGAGGCUGAACUGGGACUGAGCGAUUCCCCUGCUGCAAGACAAGUGGCCUGUGCUCACUCCUGUGAGGCCCGGGGAAAGGUCCGGCUCUGGCCGCAGCGGACGCUUUGUUGGGAAAAGAGAGGACGCCCCGCGGUGUCCUUGUCUAGCGGUGAUCAAACCAUAAUCUCUUUUCACUGGGGCCAAACUGGAGCCCAGAUGGGUUAAUUUCCAGGGUCAGACAUUACAGCCCCUUCCCCUGCCCUUCCCGCCUGUUUCUCCUCUUCUACUCCUUUCAAGUCUUGUAAAAUAAGCAUUUGGAAGACUUGGGAGGCCUGCCUCCUAGAAUCCUAAUGUGAAGAUGCAAAAGAAAUGAAGAUAACAUUUUGAGAUGAGGCAAAGGAGACGGGUAGUAGGUACUUCUGCUACUCCUUUAUUUUCUGGGGAAGACAGUAGGAAGAAAGUACGCCGUUUUAUUUGGUUUAAAACCCUGAAAAGAAGUGAUGACUUCUUACUUUUCAAAACAGGAAUGCAUUUUUUCCCUUGUCUUUGUUGUAAGAGACAAAAGAGGAAACAAAAGUGUCUCCCUGAACUGAAGACGGCAAUUUUUGUAGGCAAAGUAGCGAAAAUCUGAGGUUUCCCUUUGGAUGUUAAUUUGGCUGAGAUAAACAUUCCUUUUUAAGGAAAAGUGAAGGCCAGUAUGCUUCCAUACCCAGUUCAGUUGGAGGUUCUAACUUGGCUAAAGGAAGUACAAGGGGUUUUGUUGUGUUUGUUUUAAAUAAAUUUAAUUCGCAACACAUGAUCCAACAGGCAGUGUUAAAAUGGCCAGGGAAAUCUCUCCUUUCAUUUUUUCUCUUCCUAUAAGCCUGCAUUUAGGUGUUUUUUUUUUCCUCCUAUUUCUUCAUUUCCAAUUUGACUCCUUCAAGAUGAAAGGAGAAGCAUAAUGCCUUCAGCCCCCAUAAUAAAGGAAAGUUAAAGUUAAAAAGAAACAAAACACAUUUUGUCCCAUUUUCUUAGUUCCAGAAAUCCGCUUAUAAAACAGUGCGUGUAUGCUGACCCCGUCUUUGUGUGACUGGGAGGGGAGGUAACCUGCAGAAAUGAUAGUGAAUGAAGCAGACAAUUCAAACCAUGGGCCCCAUUUUUAAGGAAGGUCAUUAAAAGAAUGUAAACUUCAAAGUAAUUCUGGAGUUCUUUGAAAUGUGCUGGAUGACUUAAAUUUAUUAAUCUUAAAUCAUGUACUUUUUUUUCUAUAAUAGAACUGAUUCUUUUGCAUAAUGGUCUAAAGCUGAGCAGAGAAUCAUAGAAGCUAACCUUUACUUCACCUUUGACGCCAUCCUCCAAUCUUGCAACACUAUCCCAUUUCUCAAAACAGUUCUUAAAUAUGUUCUAAACAGUUUUUAAAUCAUAAAGGGUACUUCAGGAGUGCAAGUUACUUUAUAAAUCUAGUAUUCAGUUGAGUGGAGCUGCUUUUUAUAUUAAAGUUAACAUUGACCUUGUGUUUCUUAAGCCAACAAAACUCUUAUUUUGUCAUAUUUUAAAAACUCCUACUUCACAGGUUUUGGCAUCUUUUGUGUAUCUCUUGCAUGUGAAAUUUGUAAAAUAGAGACAAGUGCAGUAUGUAUAUUUUGUAAAUCUCCCAUUUUUGUAAGAAAAUAUAUAUUGUAUUUAUACAUUUUUACUUUGGAUUUUUGUUUCGUUUUGCCUUUAAAAGUCUGUAAGGAAGCCCCACUUUAUCACAUGUACAGAUCACGAAUAAAUUUUUUUAAAU